UAUGUUUCAAUACUUGCAGGCAACCUCAGCCAAAUCCAACACGUGCCGAUGGGGCCCGGCUCGCGCAUGUCGCCGAACCUGAACACGCACCUCCUCAAUCAAUACAGUUUGAACGGCUACCGAGUGCCCCCACAGCAGCAGUUCAACAACCUGCCCGUGCAGAUGAUGAACGUACAACCAACUGUACAGUACCCAGCGCCAGAUCCAAGGGCACAGCAACCUAAUGUGUAUGCCUAUGCGGGAUACAUCAACCCUCCACCACCUCUGACCAUGCAAACUUUAAAUUCCACAAUGCGUCGGUAGCCUCGACCGAAGACACAGUGCCGCAAGUGAUAGUGCAGUGAGAGUGCAGAAAUAGUGAUUAAACUGUGUACCAGUGCUAAGGACGUUGUAUUGGACGUUUGUUUUGGACGGUUUCGCGAAAUUAAACUGCGUUGUGAAUACUCAUGCGGGAACUGAUUGACUACGAGUGUUAAGUUAUAGUACAAAUAAUGUUAGUGUAAAUAUGGAAACGUAACACCACUUGAGUUGCCUUGUCAGUGUUUCAGUUGGGAGAGGCAGCUUUUUGUUUGAGGGCGUAUGUGUAAGGGGUGGGGCAAAUUGCUGAUAACACGAGCAUGAUUUUGUCAUGACAUGCUUCCGAAUUUCGUCCAAAUGUUUUUUAAUCGUAAUUGUAACUAUGUAUUCUGUUUAUUUAUUAUGUUUAAUAAUAAUUUUAUCAAUUUACUGUAGUGUAAUGUUAUAUUAAUUUUGGGCAACUUGCUUAGGUUUUUGUUAUGGAUUGAUCACUACAAUUUGGCCCCAUCCCAACUCGCACCAAUGUUAGUAAAAAUAAUGUGUAUGUAGAUUCUCUCUGAGGAAACUGACGAAAUGUUGAGAAAAGUACAAAAUUACUGAAUAAAAAUGUAUUUAAAGACUUAUUUUGUAUUUGUACGGUCAAUGAAAUGUAGCAUAAUAAUUGUAUAGUGCAAUAAAGUGUGGAAACAAUUGCAAUUUUUAUCCGUUUACAGUUUAGAUAUCGGCACAUGAACUGUGAUAAUCUUUUGAUCGGACAGUAAUAUAUCGGGGCUUGUUUAAAUCAUGUAAGUAAUAUUUUAUAACUCCCAAAGAAAUCAUAAGUAUUAAGUGUUUUAAUGAGAGUUGCGUGCAAUCGAUUCGGAAAUUGUACCGUUUUAUGUAAAAAUUUGUUUAAAAUGCUUAUGUUUUAUGUGUAUAUGCUGUUUUGUUUUUCCAUUGAGAUGUAAUAUACAUACAUAAUCUGUACAGUCCGCGUAUAGUAAUAAUAUUACCAUAGGUCCGUCUGAUCUGUUCAUAAAAGUGCCUCUUUCUCGUCCCAAACUAUGCUUAAUUCCAGUGUAAGAUAUUGUAAAUGGACCGCUUUACUUAACACAAGGCUGUAUUCAUAGGAUCAAUGACGCUAGUGUAUUUGUAUAAUAAUUUUUAAUUUUAUCCAUGUGAUAGUAUUAGUUCACGUUAGCGAGUACGAUUGGUGAGCCAUUUCAUAUGAAACGGGCCUAAAGAUUAAUUUUAUAUUUUUUUAAUAUAAGUUUUAACAAGCUAAUUUCUUUUACGCUUUACGUUUAAGGGUUAUUUUUCGUGUUAUCCUAGUUAUUUAUUGCCAAAUGUUAUUAACAAUCGCGGUAAUUAAAUUUUAAGUUACGAUUAGUUGCGUCGUCGCGAGACGAGGCCUCCCUACAGUAAAUUAUUUGUAAGAUCUGCUCCUUACGUUAUAAAUGUUAUUUGUUACUAAUGUGUAGAAUAAAGAAUAUUGUAAAUACAAUAACAAUAAGACCUUGUAGCAGGUGUUAUCACACAAAAUAUAAUUUUGUGAAAA